AUUUGAACACGUACUCUUUCUUCCAGUGCUCCCCGUUGUAAAGUUUCUUAUCUCUAUGGAGAUCAAUUUCGCAGUGCACGCAUAAACUACUUCACACAACGUUUAAACCAAGGCUCAAACAUAUCGAUUACAGCAAAAACUACAAUAAAACGUAUAUUCAGCUGACUUUGUCAUUAUGGGUUUGGAAGAAUAAUUUACAAAGUUUAGGCAAGUUUCACACAUAAUUUUCGCACAGAUAAAACGUUUUAAACGUUUUCGUAUCUGACGGCAAAGUUUGUGUGUCAUUAAAUGUUUCACUUGUUUUAGCGUGACUAAGCAAACUAAACCUGUAUCCAGGCACACUCUGAUCAUUUUGGAGGUUUGGCAGCAGCCUGGCUGCUGUCAAAUUUCAGUCCGCAAUCCUCAGUAAUGUAGUAGCUUUCCUUAAAGAGAUAAACAAACAAAUCUAAAUCUGACAGAUCUGACAAUCAUCAAUCUUACGGUUAACGUUCUGAGUAUCUGAAUGCACUGUCAAAAGUCACAAAAGUCGACGUGACUAUAAACAAAAACAAACUGGCAAUAUAGCUUUUUUUUUGCUGUGCCAUCCAUCCCCGCUCAUUGUGCCCACCAGCAAGUGAGCAAAAAGAACGAAGAAGAAGAAGAAGAAGAAAACGAUCAAAACACAUGCUAAAACGGCAAAAUCCCGCACCGGACCGACCGCAAGUGUAUCCGCACCAUUAACGAUCGCUCCGCGAUUAUCAAAACAAUAAUUUCUGUUGAAACGUUAAAAUGUUCCGCAGCGGCGGUCACGGUCUGCGCCAACUUCGCCUUCACAACCGAAUACUCUUUUCAACCAAGAGUGCCCAUAAAGGCGAGGUAAAAUAUACCGAUACGAUCAAUCUGCCGAAAAGCAAGUUCCCCGCUCGACUGAGCACCGAAAAACGAUCCGAACUUCAGGAACGUUUACGAAAGACAUGUUUCAGCGAAUUAUACGCCUGGCAGCGGGAGAACCUUCCAGCUGAGAAGGAAUUCGUGCUUCACGAUGGUCCCCCCUAUGCCAACGGAGACCUGCACAUGGGCCACGCCGUCAACAAGAUACUGAAGGAUUUGAUUUUAAGGCAUAACAUUGUGACCGGUACAAGGGUUCAUUAUGUCCCCGGUUGGGACUGCCACGGAUUACCGAUCGAACUGAAAGCGUUGGAAGCCUAUGGAAAGAAGGAGAGGAAGAAAGGUGGGCCGCAGCAACCUCUGAAUCCUCUGAAGGUACGUGAGUUGGCCCGUAAAUUUGCACUGGACACCAUCGCGAAGCAGAGGACGGAGUUUGAGCAGUGGGGUGUGACGGCGGAUUGGAGCAGUGAGAAUUCCUGGUACCGGACGCUAGAUGUUGGUUAUAUUUCGGCUCAGUUGCGGUUGUUUAGGGAGCUUUAUGACAAUGGAUUGAUUUACCGGGACGUAAAACCGGUUUACUGGUCUCCUUCGUCGCGGUCGGCCUUAGCUGAGGCAGAGCUGGAAUACGAUGAGGCGCAUCAGAGUCCGUCGUUGUAUUUGAAGAUGCAACUGUGUGCAGGAGCUGAAUGUCCGGAGAUUGUGAAAAGGUUAUCUUCCGGGGAACGGAUAUCAGCGAUCAUUUGGACAACGACUCCUUGGACACUGCCGGCGAAUCAAGCGAUUUGUUACAAUCCAAGCUUAGAGUACAGCUUGGUAAGAUCUGCAACCAGUCGAGAACUUUUACUGGUUGGUUCCGAUUUGAUUUCCUACGUAUCGGAACAGAUUCAAACAGAUCUAGUAAAAGUGGCCACAGUGCCUGGCUCCAUGCUUCAAUCUCUUAUGUAUCGACACCCCAUAACUGAUGAAGAAUUGCCAUUUCUUGCAGGCGAUCACGUCAAGUCGGAAAAGGGUACCGGUUUGGUUCACACAGCACCAGCGCACGGUCCGGAUGAUUUUCUGGUUUUCCUGGACCGAAAAAUCCCCGUUAGGUCCCUCAUCGAUGAAGCGGGCUGCUACAACCAGCAAGCACCGGAUUUUCUACGAGGGAAGUUUGCCCUGACGGAUGGCAACCGGUUGAUCUUGGAACGACUCCAGGAUGACACGUUGGCCUGUGGAAUUAUCGAACAUUCUUACCCGAUCGAUUGGCGUACGAAGCAGCCGGUGAUGCUGCGGGCCAGCGAUCAAUGGUUCAUCGCUACGGAUCAGUUGAAGGAAUCGGCGCUGAAGGCAGUCGAGCAAGUUGACAUCUAUCCGCACGCUUCGGCGGAUGUAAGCAAGAAGGUGCUUCGUGGUCAGCUCCAAAAGCGGCCAUAUUGGUGCAUAUCGAGGCAGCGAGCGUGGGGUGUUCCAAUUCCAGUAGUUUAUCGAAAAUCGUCAAUGGAACCGGUCGUUCAUUUGGAGAUAGUAGAAAAUUUGUGCAACAUGUUGGAAAAAACUGGAAAUAUGGAUUUCUGGUGGAGCGCUGAUGUGGCUGAACUCGUUCCGCAGCGAGUAUUGAGUGAGCUCCAACUAACUCAUCAGGAUCUAGUCAAAGGUACCGACAUCUUAGACAUUUGGUUUGACUCCGGAGUUUCCUGGCUGAGCGUUCUGGGAAGGGAUCGAAAGGCCGAUCUCUACCUGGAAGGACUGGAUCAGUUCACCGGGUGGUUCCAGUCCUCACUAUUGACCAGCGUGGCGGCCAGGGACGAAAGCCCUUACCGGGCGGUGUUUGUUCACGGUUUUGCCGUAGACGAAAACGGAAUGAAAAUGUCCAAGUCACUGGGUAACAUCAUUUCUCCAAAAGAUAUCACGAAGCAGUAUGGGUGCGAUGCCCUGCGUUGGUGGGUGGCCGCUCAUGCCAUCCAGAACGUGUCCAUUCCCGUGAGUCACAAACUGUUGGGCUCUUCCGCUGACAAUCUGCAAAAGAUACGAGGCAUUAUGAAAUACUUGUUGGGAGCUAGUGCCGGUGCGGUAGAUAAAAGCCGGAAUUCGUCCGACUUGUCACACGUAGAUCAGUACUUCCUGCAACAGCUUCAGCAAUUCCAUGACUCGGUGUUCAACUUCUACAACUCCUAUCAAUAUAAUAAAUCUUCCGCCGCCAUUGUUACUUUCUGCGUAUCAACCCUUUCUGGAUUCUACGUACACCUAAUCAAGGAUCGAUUAUACUGCGGCUCUGAUGAACAGCAUCGAAAUCUUCAAGAGAUAUUGGCACUAACUUUGAAUGUGCUCUGCAAAGUACUUUGGCCCAUAGCUCCUUUCCUCGUCGAGGAAAGUUGGUCUUACAGAGCCAACGAGCCUUUCUUCAAAUCCUGCCACCGUUUGAACACUACCAGCCCGCUGGCCACCAACGUGACGCCCAUCAUCGAACAGGCUCUCGAUCUGAAGCGGCACGUGUUCCAGCAGCAUCAACUGGACGUCAAUCCGUGGCUCCUGACAGUUGAAGCCACCGUUUCACGAAACGAGCUUCAGCUAUUGCGGCAACUUCACCCGAAUCUGAAUGAACCCCAGGUGGACUCCGAGCUAUGCGAAAUUCUCCAGGUUGGUUCGUUGACAUUGCGGGAGGCAGAGGAUACCGUAGAGCGGUCGAUACGACUGGACAAGAUGGACCAUCAUCUGUGUCCACGGUGUAGACGAUUUGCUCUAUCUGCCACAGGGUCACAUGUCUGCCAGCGAUGUGAACAAGUACUGAAAACUAAGGCUGUAUGAGGUUUUUUCGAGUUGAAGGUUCAAAUGUAGUUGUUAUACAGAGUUUAAAAAUAUUUUGUUGCAUAUUCCACGAGGGGCAUACCAGUA